GUCAGACCUUAUCAUACGAUGAGAACGGGUUACUCCAGGUCCGCUGCUAACCGUACAACUUACCAUCCUGAUUGACUCAUCUACUGAUCAAUCCAACAUCCUUUUUAGUAUCCUUGAACAACCUACUGCUGAUAACACCAUGAGUCUAGAAGCUUCCUAUAUAUAUGGAACCUCACCUCGGCCAUUUGCUAUACAAACUGGACCAUCGCAUUUACUGCCAUGAUGACCAGUACCUCCAACCCGCCAACUAACUUCUCUAUCUUAACCGCCCGCCUUAACAUCACCUACUUCGACCCGACCAGCCCAUCUCACAGCGCCUUCCUCGCUCACCUCUGGAACACACCCGACUUCAUCGCCACCAACGGCAAAACCUCCAUCACAGACAGCCAUUCCGUCCAGACCUUCAUUCAGACCCGGAUCAUUCCCCAAUACACCUGCAAAGGAUUCGGCCUCCUCCUCUUCAACUUCAGGCCUAUAUCCAAUCCACGUCAUGAAAACACCCUUCCGAUUGGCACCAUAAGCCUCAUGCAAGGUGACCCACCAAAUCGCUACUCUGCACCAGACAAUGGAUUUGCUAUUCUUCCAGACACCAAGGGCGAAAAUACGCGACUGAGGCAGCGAAGGCGGUCAUUGAGUACGUGCAACGCAAGUGGAAUGUGCAGGGGGUGUUUGGGUUUUGUGCGCCGGGGAAUAUGCGUAGUCGGAGGGUGUUGGAAAAGAGCGGCCUGGAGUUCAGGGGGGUGAGGAAGUUGAGGGUGUUCGGGGGGAGGGAGAGUGCAGUGUUUGCUUUGGUGAAAAUGGAGGAGGAUUUGGGGGUUUAUGGGAUUGAUACAUAGAUAGAUAUAUUGAAGGAUGGAUGCUGUCAGGGUGCGGGCUGGCGGUAUUGGUAGGACAGUAGCUCAAGCAGGGGACAGGAGGAGACUGGGAAUAGGCGGGCUAACUACAGUCAGACUAUAUACAGAAAAAUAGAUA